CACUGUCAGUUUUCAUCAAGUUUUACGAAAGCAUCCGUUUUUAUUCAGCAGGAUGUCAUUUAAAUAUGCACAUGUCAUUUACUGGUCGUUGACCACGCUGACCACGCGCAACCUUCCGGAAUAAUCAUCGUCUUUCCAAUCCAUCAAACAAAUAUUUGAGUAGGUGUCAAGCAUUGUUCAGGAAGUGAAUGGAUGAAAGAAACAGUGAAUAAAGCCAUGGAGAAAGUUCCUGUUGUGAGGGAUAUACUGCAGGCGUAUGAAGAGGGCAAGGCCACAAGAGAUCCCAGAACAAAGGAUCUGUUUAUGCUGUCCAAUAAUCCUGUUUAUGUUUGGAUAAUAACAAUUGUGUAUAUUUUAACUGUGACUGUUAUUGGGCCGCGAUUUAUGAAAAAUCGUCCCGCCUACAGUUUCCCUCGAUUCCUCGUGGUAUACAAUAGUGUGCUUGUGGUGUGGUCCACCUAUAUGUUUGUGGAGAUUAUAGCCAGUGCAAUCCAUGCAGAUUAUUGGAAAAAUGGAUUUCUAUGUUGUGUGUACAACCAGGACACCCCCAAGAACCCCAAAGAAGAGAGGAUGGCGAAAGUCCUACACAUGUUUUUCAUCUCCAAGUUAGUGGAGCUAGUAGAUUCAAUUCUAAUGGUUCUAAGAAAGAAGCAAGAACAAAUUUCUUUUUUACACGUGUACCACCAUAGUUCCAUAGUCAAUAUAUAUUGGUGGGUGACCACAUAUAUUCCAGGAGGCCAGUCCUGGUUUUGUAGUUCUCUGAAUGCAUUCGUACAUAUCAUUAUGUAUGCUUACUAUGCACUAGCAGCAAUUCCAUCAAUGAGGGGGAGGUUAUGGUGGAAGAAAUACAUCACUAGAUUACAGCUGAUUCAGUUUGUACUGAUAUUUUUCCACACCAUUCAGACAACUUUCACAGGGUGUGACUUCCCUCUGUGGAGCCAUAUUCUCCUGAGCAGCUACAUGAUUUCCAUGAUGGUUCUGUUUGGUAACUUUUAUGUACAAGCCUAUAUCAAGAAGUCAAGAGCCAGCCAUAAAAAGACUGACCAGAUUCAAAAUGGAGGUGCCAAAAAUGAUAGUCUGCACCAUGGCAAUGGUGUGAAUGGUCACUCAAAUGGUAUUGUCAGUGAUCACAAAAAAGUUAAAUAAUGUAGAAAUCCGUAAAGCAUGUAGUUUGUUCCUUAGUAAUUAUGUACUUGAGGGACAAAACAUUUUUUUUUUUUUUGAUACAGUAGAUAUUUUUUACCUGAUGCUUAAUUUCAGAAUAUUACUAUUAAAUGAAUGUAUGUUGUAUAUUUUUAAUAUUGAAUACGAUUGUGUUGCUGUUUAUGAUAAUACAAUGGCAUAGUCGGUGAAGACUAUAAUGUUGGGCAGCGAAAUGUUAAGUGCAGUCCCCUGUCCCUGAUUGGUAUUUUUGUAACUUGUUACAUGAAGUCACUAUAUAGACUGAUUUUAACGUGAACAAAUGUUUUUGUUAUAGCAGUAGCCUGUAGAUACAUGCAUUGAUUUGAUAUCAUUUUGUUAUGCUUUGUUUUUUUUUUUCUUGUUCAUGUUUACGCAUAUAUGAAUACAGACUGUAAAACAUUAUGAAUACAGACUGCAAAACAUGAAUACAGACUGUAAAACAUGAAUACAGACUGUAAAACAUUAUGAAUACAGACUGUAAAACAUUAUGAAUACAGACUGCAAAACAUGAAUACAGACUGUAAAACAUUAUGAAUACAGACUGUAAAACAUGAAUACAGACUGUAAAACAUUAUGAAUACAGACUGUAAAACAUUAUGAAUACAGACUGCAAAACAUGAAUACAGACUGUAAAACAUUAUGAAUUUGAGUUGUCAGUAUCUCACAAGUGAUAUAUUUUAUGUUCAUUUAGGAUUAUAACAGGAGAUAAUUUUCAAGAGAACAUUGUACAUACAUGUAUGUAUAGUUUGAUAAGUAAUGUUAUACCCCUACUGUGUGUGGCCGGUUAACCUUAGCGACAGCCAAAAUAGCAAAUUGUAAUUAUGUAAACAGGGUGUUCAUAUGUAGGGAGAUAAUGUAUAUCUAGUGAAUCUCUGAUUCCCAACUGAAAAAAUGGUGAUACGUGAUAUGAAACUAAAAGUGCUGUGUAUAAAGUGUGCUUGAAUAUAUGUUUGAAGAUUCAUUUUAUUUUCAAUCAGAAAAAUUUAUCAAUACGUGUAUUGACAUGUGAUCAAAUUCUAAAAUGCUGUUACACUAAAAAUUGUGCCAUCUUAGAUCAUUUCCUUUUUUCAGUUAUCAUUAUUUGUUCUGUUUUUGGUAUAAUUAUCAUUAUUUGUUCUGUUUUUGGUAUAAUUAUCAUUAUUUGUUUUGUUUUUUAUUUUCCAUUGUUGAACACAAUAACACCAUGGUUAAUCUGUUAUCAAGGGGAAAAAUUCAGCAGUUCUUUUUAGGAAGUGUUUGGGGGUAAACCUCUCUAGCCACUUAAAAAGGGGGGGGGGGGGGGGUGUCUUCUAUGCUUAUACUAUCGAUGUAUCCUCUGGGCAGAAAUAGACAUUAUAUAUUCCAUUGCUUGGGGUGGGGGUGUUCUUAAAGUUUUAAGAGCAACAUGAAAAGAAAAAUAGAAUGAUGCAAUCAGAUUUUUAAAAAAUACUUUGAAAUUUAACUUGUAUAAUGACGUGUGUAUACAGCUGGAGCUUCCGGAGAAUGGUAACUAUAUUCAGUGGGUGUUCGUUGGAUUAAAACAGAGAGGCAUGUUAUAUAUGAAAACUAGAAAAAUUAACUUUAGAACAGACUCUUUAGUUGAUUAACUUUAGAACAGACUCUUUAGCGUAUUUCAAAGAUAAAGCUGCUGAAUGUCUCACCAAUCACUAGGCCUUUAGUUAAUUGAUUCUGGGUUGAUCAGAGAAUUUAUACUUUGUAUUAGUUAACAUCAAAUAAUAACAAGUAACAUGAGCUAUUUUAGUGUUCGUUGGUAUCAAAAAGUACUGUUAUAAGGGAUGUACCUGUCAAAUAUGAUGAUCAAGUGAAGUAAGAGUAAUGUUAUUGUGACUGACAGAAACACUGAUUGACGGAUGAUCAGACUGCAUAUCCCCAGGACCAUUUCACAUUCGCCGUGGAUUUUGUAAGAUUACCUUGCUGUGAAUUUUCCAAGUCGCAUCUUGUACGGGUAAAUGUAUAGGGUGUCACAGAUGUAUCGCUAAGAACCAAUGGGACAACCAUGUAAUAAAGAGGCUUGGUUUUAUAGAGUAUUUACAGUUAUCUCUUAAAAAAUUCCCAAGUUGAUUGUGAAUUGGUCCUACAUGUGGACCACCUAUUUAUUAACAUCCCUCCCUAUAGGUACCUUCCAGCCUGGCAGAAAAAAAAAACCAAGUGUGCCAUGUGUUCUACUGGGUUUUUUUUAUAUCUAUAAUCUGUUAGCAUUGUAAGGUAUUGUGUAUUCAUAAAGACAUAUCCAACAAUGAAUAAAAUGCCCAUGAAAAAGAACCAAUUUUAGUUAUUUCAAGUAUUUCUAAAAAAUAAUGACACGAGUUUCAAAGGGAAGAUGGUGAUUAAUUUUGCAAAAUAUUUUGUGCAAGGUUCUUAUGAAAAGGUACAUUUACCCAUCUGGGGACGUAAAACAGAGACAUAAGGUGCUGUGGAACUUGACUAUUCGGUAUGAUCAUCGACUCAAUUUUUAAAGUUGAAGUAGCUAGGUCCAUAGGAAAGCAUGGGACUAUCCUUUCUUUUUGUGUUUGUAGUGAACUAUUCUUUAGGAUACAUGCAUCUUCAGUUUUAUCCCAUUUUGGUAAAAGAUUUGUGCAAUUUGGUUAAAUUUUGCCACAAGAAAAGUGAUGAGGGAUUUUUGUAAUGUUUUUUAUUUCUUUUAUUUUUUUUUUAAAAGAUGGCCCAAAUGCAAAUAAGAUGUCAAAAUUUUCAAUUUCUAAAAAAAAUAAUGUCUGCAUUUUAUGUAUUGUGGAGUUGUACCGUUUCAUCAAAAGACAUUUUUGCGGGCAUUAUACAUGACUUAAUUUGUAUUUAAAUGUUCUCGCUGUACUGUUCAUAUCUUCCUCGAUGCUGUGAUAAUGAUGUAAACAAAAUGCUAUGUGAUCAACAAUAUGUGACAUAAGUUUUAUAUACAUAAAUCUAAAAAUUAAAGAAAUUUCAUUUUAUUUUUAUGCAGAAGAAAAUUAUGUUUAUGUUGCAAAGCAUUAAAAAAAACCAAUAUUUUGUUUUAUCAUUUUAUCAUUAAUUUUUUAUGAAGACCUUGAAAAUGAGACUGAAAGUUAUUUAUUAUAUAGAAUGCUUUUAGUGUUGAAUGUGUGAAAUAAUGCCUAUUUUGUAUAUUAUGAGCUGAUUAUAAUAUUGAAAGAUGCUAUCACAUCUUUAAAUGUAUUUAAUUUUAAAAUGGUAAAAUAAAAAUAAAAGACUGUAUAGAAUGAA